UUAUUUAAAUUUUUUAUAAUGCCUGUGUACGUUGUAAAAAAUUGUACGAGUGGGCGAGUGGCAGUCGUACAUCAAAAAUUGCCGAAAAUAAACCAAUCCUUCAUCGUUUUCCUAAGGAAGAAUAUCUACAAAAAUUGUGGAUUGAACUUAGUGUUAUGUCCGAAAAAAUUAAAAUUUCUUCUGGUUAGUAAACAUUUAUAUGUGGUUUUAUAUUAUUCGCCUACAUGGAUACAUAGUAAUCAAUAACUAUAGAUUAAUUUGGUUUUUAAGUAUAUAAUUAUUUUAAUUUACCUAAAAUGUAUGUAAACGUUAUAGCACGAGUAUGCUCAUUACAUUUUGAUUCAUCUGAUUAUGAAAAACCAUUGAUUCAAAGAAUGUUAGAACAUUCUCCUAAACAUCAACGAAAUCUUAAACCCAAUGCUGUACCAUCAAAAAAUUUGCUCAGAAUUCAAAAACCAAUAAUUAAAUGUAAGCCUGUAAAUACACAUACACCACACUCUACACAUGAUAGUUUAUUGCAAUCUAGUUUUCAAAGCUCUAAAGUACCUAAAGAAAAAAUUGAUCCAUUUACUUCAAAUAAUAAUAAUUAUUGUUUGAAUGAUCUACCUGAUUUUGGAGUACAAUUAUUAAGUGAAACACAAGAUGUUGGUAUUCAGUGUGAAAUAGGUAUGGUGUAUUCUAGACUUCCAGUGGAAAGAGCUGAUGUUAGUACACAGUGUGGUGAUGAUUUGAAUGAAGUUGAGAAGUAUGAAAAAAAUACAAAUAAUUAUUAAUGUAUAAUUCAAUUCUAUUUAUUUUUAUGUUUUAUUUAAACAGCCUUAAACAACAUUUAUUGGAUCUAC